AUGUGGCUGGACGCUUGCCAAAUACCCCUUCAGCCGGAGCUGGGGAUUUUAAAGCCUGUGCCAUGGCGCGCGCUGGCGAGAGACAUGUUCUCAGGUGACAACAUCUACCCACAGAGAGCGAAGGCUGUAAUGUGUUGUGUCAGACUGCGGAUGGGGUCCCCGCGCUUUGCAAUGCCUGCGCGUGUGCCCUACGAUGCAGCGUGGAUGUUCCGGGUCUCUCUGCCGGCUCAGUUCGUGCCAGUACCUCGCAAGGGCCUGCACAAGCUUGUGCAGGGCCUGCGCGUGUGCCCUGGGCGGCUUCCGGGCGCUGUUGGCGUUCUGCCCGCGCAGGCCUCGGCAGCUUGCGAGCGUUUGCUCUGGAGGAGAGCCUCAUCCCUUCUGUGA